UUUGCCUAUAAAACAGAGGAAGUUUUUCAUCAUCUUUUGUCCUUGGAACUAACCAAUCUUUCAAUCUUCUUAUAAAAACAAAAGUUACAUACCUGUCUCUUAACGAUAACAAGAUAAGAAAAUUUUAAAUCUUUCUUGGUUUACUUACUCUCUUUCUAAUUAAGUAUAUUCUUGUUGUUCAUCUCCAAAGGUAUGCUUUCUAGGUUAAGCGUAUUACAAGCCACCAAUUUCUUAACCAACAAGUUUCUUUCUAUUUUAAAAAAUUUAAUGAAAUGUUAGUAUUUGUUUUAGAAUCGUACAGUGUCGGCAGAUAUUUUUGAUAGUCUUAUUUAGAAAUGACCCUUUCUCUAUUUCUUAUUUCUUAGCUUGUGAUGGAGGCUCUCUUCUUGAGUUCUUCUUCUUCCUUCAUUGCUGCAUCAAACAAACUUACUAGAUCGCACAACCCUUGUGACUGGUCUAAAUUGGUUAGGCAGAAGAAAAGGUUAGGCUUAACAUGGUGUCGUGUAGGUGGUGGUGGUGACGGUGGGAGAAACAAUAACGCAGAGAGGCCUAUUCGGGUUUCUUCGCUUUUGAAAGGCAGAGGUCAAGUACUGAUUAGGGAACCGAGUCCGCCAACUAUGGACGCUGAGACAUUGGUUCUGUCUCCAAACGGGAACGGGAGAACCAUCGAGAUCAAUGGAGUAAAGACUUUGAUGCCUUUUAGUGGCGCUGCUAUGGUGGGGAUGAAAGAAGGGCUUGGCAUAAUCAGUUUCCUCCAAGGGAAGAAGUUUCUAAUCACUGGUUCUACCGGUUUCUUAGCUAAAGUGCUUAUUGAGAAAGUCUUGAGAAUGGCUCCAGAUGUCAGCAAGAUAUAUCUCUUGAUUAAAGCUAAAAACAAAGAAGCUGCGAUCGAGCGGCUAAAGAACGAGGUGUUAGAUGCAGAGCUUUUUAAUACUCUAAGAGAGACUCACGGAGCAUCGUACAUGUCGUUCAUGUUAACCAAACUCAUCCCUGUGACAGGAAACAUUUGCGAUUCAAACAUUGGGUUGCAGGCAGAUUCAGCUGAGGAAAUUGCGAAAGAAGUUGAUGUGAUUAUCAACUCUGCUGCCAAUACAACCUUCAAUGAAAGAUACGAUGUUGCUCUGGACAUAAACACAAGAGGGCCUGGUAAUCUCAUGGGAUUCGCCAAGAAGUGCAAGAAACUCAAACUGUUCUUGCAAGUAUCCACAGCUUAUGUGAAUGGACAAAGACAAGGAAGGAUCAUGGAGAAGCCAUUCUCGAUGGGAGACUGUAUAGCAACUGAGAACUUUCUAGAAGGAAAUAGAAAAGCAUUAGAUGUUGACAAAGAGAUGAAGUUAGCUCUUGAAGCUGCUAGAAAAGGGAUUCAAAAUCAAGAUGAGGCGCAGAAGAUGAAAGAUCUCGGUCUAGAGAGGGCAAGAUCAUAUGGAUGGCAAGACACUUAUGUUUUCACCAAAGCAAUGGGUGAGAUGAUGAUCAAUAGCAUUCGAGGAGACGUACCUGUGGUUAUUAUAAGGCCUAGUGUCAUUGAAAGCACUUACAAAGACCCUUUCCCUGGAUGGAUGGAAGGAAACAGGAUGAUGGACCCUAUAGUUCUCUGUUACGGGAAGGGGCAACUCACGGGGUUUCUGGUUGAUCCAAAAGGAGUUCUUGAUGUGGUUCCUGCUGAUAUGGUUGUUAAUGCAACCUUAGCUGCCAUAGCAAAGCACGGAAUGUCAACGACGGAUCCGGAACCUGACAUAAACGUGUAUCAGAUCGCUUCUUCGGCCAUAAACCCGCUGGUUUUCGAAGACUUAGCUGAGCUUUUUUAUAACCAUUACAAAUCAUCCCCGUGCAUGGACUCAAAAGGUGAUCCUAUCAUGGUGCGCUUGAUGAAACUUUUCAAUUCCGUUGAUGAUUUCUCGGAUCAUCUGUGGAGAGAUGCUCAAGAACGGAGUGGGUUGAUGAGUGGUUUGAGCUCAGCGGAUAGUAAGAUGAUGCAGAAGCUAAAGUUUAUAUGCAAGAAAUCAGUUGAACAAGCCAAACACCUUGCAACUAUUUAUGAGCCAUACACUUUUUAUGGUGGAAGAUUUGAUAACAGCAAUACAGAGAGGUUAAUGGAGAAGAUGUCAGAGGACGAGAAGAGAGAGUUUGGGUUUGAUGUUGGAAGCAUUAACUGGAAGGACUACAUUACAAACGUUCACAUUCCCGGUUUAAGAAGGCAUGUCUUGAAAGGAAGAGCUUAAAUUCAUAUCUCACUAAACCAGACCAAAGAGAAUCAAUCGUUUCUUUUAUCUUUUUUUUUUUUUCUUUCAUUCUGUGUAAUCGUGUUGUGUCUAAUAUAUAUCACUUUGAUUUGUAAUAAUUUGAAGAAAAAAAAAAGAGUGUUGUUAUCUAUGAGUUUGCCCAAAAUCUACUCAUGUUCGA